AUGGCUUCCUAUUUUGAUAAUGUAGAUUCGACCUUUGGCGCGAGCGUUGAUGGUAAGACAAUGCCUCGCUGGCAACGCAAGGCCCUGGACAGCAACAGCAACACUGGACGCCUGCAGACUCCCAAGAAGGAGGCUGUUGAUCGCUUCAUCCCCAACCGUGCAAGCAUGGACAUUGAGGCGGCGCACUACAAGCUCACACACAGCGAGAACGUGCCCAGCCCCUCCAAGGAACACUAUGCCAAGGCCAUUGAGAGCACCUUGAUGGGUGAGGCCAACAGCAAGAUUUUGGCCUUUAAGCAGAAGGCUCCUCAGCCCAGCGAGGGUCAUAAGAAUGACCUUCGCGUUCUCUACACGCAGAACCGCGGCGCGCAGCGUGUGCGCAAGGCCAGCCGUGCUAUUCCACAGAACCCCGAGCGCAUCCUCGAUGCCCCUGAGAUGCGCCCCGAUUUUUACCUCAACAUCCUCGACUGGAGCUCACAGAACCAGAUCGCGGUCGCGCUCAACAACUCUGUCUACAUUUGGGACGCCGCCUCAGGCAACACCUUUGAGCUGUGCCACACUGAGCAGGCUGGUGAUUACAUUUCCUCCGUUUCUUGGGCCGGCGAUGGCGCUCAUCUGGCUGUCGGCACCAGCGACUCUCUGGUGCAGAUCUACGACGUGACCUCACAGCGCAAGGUCCGCACCAUGACUGGUCACAGCGGUCGCGUCGCGGCCAUGGAUUGGAACGGCCACAUUCUCUCCACCGGCUCUGCCUCGGGCCUCAUCAUGAACUCGGACGUCCGCGUUGCUAACCACUGCGUCAGCGCCCUCGAGGGCCACUCUCAGGAGGUUUGUGGCCUCAAGUGGUCUCCUGAUGGCAAGCUGCUGGCCUCUGGUGGCAACGACAACUUGGUCAACAUCUGGAGCGCCAACGGCGAGCUGCGCCAUACCCUCACAGACCAUCAGGCUGCCGUCAAGGCCCUGGCUUGGUGCCCCUGGCAGUCGAACCUCCUGGCCUCGGGUGGUGGCACGGCCGAUCGUCACAUCCGCUUUUGGAACACCAGCAGCGGAAACUGCGUCAACUCGAUCGACACACAGAGCCAGGUCUGCUCCCUUCUCUGGAGCGCCGAGCACCACGAGAUCAUCUCGGGCCAUGGCUUCAGCAAGAACCAGCUGUCCAUCUGGAAGUACCCUUCCCUGGCCCAGGUGACGGAGCUCACGGACCACACCGAGCGUGUCCUGGGCAUGGCCAUGUCCCCUGACGGUCAGACGGUGGCCUCCAUUGCCGCGGAUGAAACCAUUCGCUUCUGGAAGUGCUUUGCAGCCGACGCCUCCAACAAGAAGCAAAAGGUUAUGCCGACUUCAUCGCGCCUUGGUGCCAUGAUUCGCUAA